AUGCAGCCACUAUUGCCCAUUCCGCUUAUUGUUUUCACUACUGCAAGGUCACCUCUGUGUUCAUAUCAACCGUCCAAUGACUCUCACUUGUCAAGACCAUGUCACUCAUCUCACUUUCCUUGUAUUAGCGACUAUCUCUUCAAGCUACUGCUUAUCGGCGACUCGGGUGUCGGAAAGUCUUGUCUUUUGCUUCGUUUUGCUGAUGAUACGUAUACCGAGAGCUACAUCAGCACCAUCGGAGUAGACUUUAAAAUUCGUACUAUUGAGCUGGAGGGAAAAACCGUCAAGCUUCAGAUUUGGGACACUGCAGGCCAAGAGCGCUUUCGCACCAUCACAUCAUCAUACUAUCGUGGAGCACAUGGCAUUAUUGUCGUGUACGAUGUUACUGAUCAAGAGACAUUCAACAAUGUCAAACAGUGGCUGCAAGAGAUUGACCGGUUUGCGUCUGAAGGUGUUCAUAAACUUCUUGUUGGCAACAAGAGCGAUCUGGAAACAAAAAAAGUGGUCGAUGCCAAAACUGCUGGUGAGUUUGCUACCCAGCUUGGCAUUCCAUUCCUUGAGACAUCGGCCAAGAAUGCUACCAAUGUCGAGCAAGCUUUCCUUACCAUGGCAAAGCAGAUCAAGGACAAGAUGGGUGCUGCUUCGUCUGCCCAGUCUAACCAAGCCAAGGCUAACAUCAAGGUUGGACAAGCUGUUGCACCUCAGCAGAGCAGUGGAUGCUGUUGA